GGAUAAACCGUCAGUGGCUACCACAAGAUGCGCUUUGCAACCUCCUUCCAGCUCAUUGCUCUUGUCGGCGCCUUUGUCUCCGCCUCCCCCGUGGAGAAAGACUGCAAGUACGCUGUUGGCUGGAACGGAAGCGUCCUCGACUCUGCGGCCAUCGGGACUCCCCUCGAAAACGUCGAGCGCUCGUCGCUCCAGGCUCGCACUCCGGGAGGCGUCUACAUCUGCACCGAUAUCAACUGGGGUGGGCAGUGCGGCUACGCCGUGCAGCAACUCGGCGCGUGCAUCGCGCUCACGGCGCCGUGGUACAACACCAUCUCGAGCUUUGGACCCGAUGCCGGCGCCACUUGCUUCGCGUAUAGCCAGAACAGCUGCAGCGAGGCCCAGUGGACCUUCAGAAGCCCUGGAGACGCGACUGGUGGACUGGGGACCAGUAGCCCUUGGAACGAUCGGAUCACCAACUUCAAGUGUGUGUAGAUAUAUACAAUGUAUAAGCUUUAAAGUAACAAGCUCUCGGGAAAGAAAUGUAAUCAGAUAUCACUGUCUCAUCUACGCAA